CCCGCCCAACGGACAAUAUCUGAUUUCCUUAACGUUCUUCUGUCACUGAUCGUAGUUCCACGAUUCUACAUACUGUUCCAAGUCCAAGCUUUUCUUUAUUACGAAAAAGUCAUGGCAGUCUCCAGCGAUGGCCAUGAUCCUUUAUCAGCCAUACUGUAUCAAAGUACGGACGGUAGUAUCACACUCAUUGACAUUCCAAGGUCCAUUGCUGUAGCUCAGGGUCGUCCGGGCACUCUCCUGUCAACGCAGCCACUGGAAACCCCUCUAAAACUAGACUAUGAACCAUCAUCUACAAGAGGAAAGGCUGCGGAUGCGCAGCAUCUCUCCACCAUCAUGAUCCACUCGGAAUACAAGACGCUUAUCGAGCUGGCGCUGAGAGAAAUAGGCACACACUUGUCCAGGCCAUGGUGUCAACCACGCACUUUGAUAGCCCAAGUACCCAAAAGUACAGAUCCAGACAUGGUCAUCGACGAUCCGGAGCAGGAGCUUCAGGAGCGGCUUCGCGAAUGGGGUCAAGUGGUUCAAAACAGGGGUGACGAUUUUGCGUUCGAUUUUCAAAAGAUGAUGGCCUCCUUCGGUGCGACCGAUGCACUCGAUGCAGCUGCCAACAAAAACGUUGCACACAAAUGGCGUAUGUCGUACAGUUUGGCACGCGAGAUUAGCAGCGAUGCAUUCGACACUGUGGAACAGCGGGAGCUAGAACGAGUGGAAGAGUCCUGGAUGUCUUCCUUUCACAAUCCGGAAAAGUGUGCAUUGGAUCUUUCUAUAUUCGAGACUGCAACCGGGUUUGACCAACAACCGACUUCAACGUAUCACUUUACCAUCCCUCCCAAAGCUUCGUUCUUUCUAGGCGACACCACUCGCUCGGAUGUAUUCCGUGCUUCGUUUCGCGAGCUUACAGACGAGUACAAGCUUCCGCGACAUUUUGAUCUGGUGUUGAUUGACCCGCCGUGGCCCAAUCGAUCCGCAAAGCGGAACAAAGGGUAUGAGCAGACGGGCGGCAUGCCUUAUAUCAAGAACAUGCUUCUGAACAUGGACAUCGAUAGCUAUAUCGAGCACAACGCACUGGUUGGUGUGUGGAUAACGAACAAGGAGGCCUUGCGCUCCCACGUCCUCGGCGCAGGUGGGCUAUUCGAAGCGUGGAAUGUUGGUUUGUUUGAAGAAUGGAUAUGGGUGAAGACGACGACUAGCGGAGAGCCCAUGUUCGAUCUUGACAGCGUUACAAGAAAGCCCUACGAAGUCUUGCUCGUUGGACGAGCUGCGCCGAAUGCAUGGACUACUAUGGCACCAGCGACUAUCAUCAAGAAGAGGGUAAUUGCCGCUGUGCCUGAUGUGCACUCGCGCAAGCCAUGUCUGAAAACCUUACUGGAGGAGUACAUGCCCGACAGGAAUGAUUACAGUGCUCUCGAAAUUUUCUCACGCUACUUGGUCAGUGGCUGGAUGUCUUGGGGCAAUGAAGUCCUCAAGUACAACAACGAUCAAUACUGGAAAGCAGCUUGA